AUGUAUAGAAUUAUUUUAAUAUUAAAGUGUUUGCUUUGGUAUUUUGGAAAGUGGGAUGUAGAUUUGACUUGGCUACCUUAUUUCUCAAAUCCAUAUACGCAAUAUUCUAAUAUUAGGGAAGCAAAAUAUCUUAUAGCUAAUAACUACAAUCCAUAUAAUACGGAUGGAAUAUUUUAGAAACCUUUGAUUGUUUAUGGAUUGAAUUUGAUUGAUAACGAUAUCAUAUUUCUAAUAGCUGACAUUUUAGUGUGCUUUUUGAUUGUAUAAUUAUUUGGGGCAAAGUAGGGAUAUAGGAUGUCGAUUUCACUAUUUUAUCAUUUGAAUCCAAUCACUUUUGCGAAUCUUAUUUUAAAGAAUACAAAUGUAUUUGACCACAUAUUUUUGUUGUUAACCAUAUUAUCAGCACUUAAAAUGAAAAUUCUAUCCCCUAUUUUAUUUGGAAUUUUACUAUAUUUAAACCCAUAAUAUUUUAUUGUGCUAGCUGCAAUUUCUGUAAUCUUUAGAAGAGAUUCUUCGAAAACCUCAAAAUUUGCUUUUAAAUUGAUAAUAUUUUUAUUAGUGAGCAUUGCAACUAUUUGCUUAUUAUUAUACAACUCAUAUAAAAUAACUGGGGAUUGGUAAUUUAUAGAAAAAACCUACAUAGAUUAUUAUUUCCCUAAAGAUCAUAAGCCAACAAUAGGAUUUUUAUGGGCAUUAUUUUCAGGAUUAUUCUCAAAGUAUAAAUCUUUAUAUCAUGCAUUUUUUAUGUUGUUGCCUGCUUGCUAUAUUCUACCCUUGUAUAAUUUGUUUGUGAAAUACGCUAAGAGAGAGAAAGAGUAUCUUGGAUUUAUGAUUGGAGUUUCUUUGUUUUGUAGUUUCUUAUACUUUCAGUAUAUAGCCAUAUCAGAUCUUAUAAUAAUAUUUAUACUUUUAUUCUAAAGAUAUGAUUGGCUAUUCAAUUCAUUGCCAACAAUAGUUAUUGUUCAUGCAGGAUGCUUAAUAUUAUUCUUAGGUGGUGGCUUAUAACUAACUUGGACACAUUCUUUUACAGGAAAUCCAAAUUUUACAUUCUUUUAGGUGUUUGUGUCAUAUGUGUUUUAUGUAAUUUUGGUUUCUGAAGGAGUGAGAGAAAUGUUAAAGUUUAGAACAAUUUAAAAGAAGGAAGAGAAGGAAAAUAUUAAAUAAGUUGAAGAGAAUGAAAAUUAAUCGGAUGAGUAGAAUGAGAAGGAAACGAAGGAAUAGACAAACAAAAAAGAAAAAGAAGAUUGA